AUGUGUGAAGAAGAAAAAAGAGUCGACGCUAGAGACAGUGUAGUAGAACGGGGGAAGAUGAACAAGACGCGCAAUCAAUCGUCUCUAACCAAUCUACCACCGCUUGUGAACGAACCAAGAAAAAGUUUGGACAUCUUGAAUGGUGAUUCUGAGCGAGACUGCGUUGAGCCACUCGCUUCCUCUCCUUCACUAUGUCGUAGAAGACGGCUUUUAAGAUAUGUCUCAGCACCGGAUACAUUGCUUGACGCGGAAGGCAAAGCAGCGAAGACAUCAAGUGAAUCGUCAUCAAUAAGAUCAAUAGAAAACUCAUCGAGACUUCUUCGCCGACUGCUAAAGCAAACCGCGCCACAAUCCCAAGACGAACAACCACCGUCACCUCGUAUCCCAAAGAAGCACUUCUACGAUUAUAGAUCGACCACGUCUUCGGAAACGUCGCCACUGGUGCCACGUAAAAUAGUUUGUGGAUCGUAUGAUUCGACGGGGUUAUCUCCCGUACCAUCGCCGAGAGUGUCACGACGUGGAAUUUCUACGCCGAACCAAAAUCUUGAAAGUUUCCGACGAAUAACACCUGUAAGAGCGUCUCGAACAUUUUGUAUGAGGAGUGCCCAUAAUGCGAACGCUAAUGGGUCUAGCGUUAUAGACAUGCAUGAAUUGAACAACAAGCUGACUAGCUGUGGGAUGAAUGAACAAGCUGUGAAUUCGCCCUACGUGUGUAAUCACGUGACGUCGGGUAACAUACGCUACAGGAACGAGGCGCUCAAUGGGGAGGACUUUGACAAAAUACCGACGAAUAGUUCCGAAGAAGAAACAUCAGCUGUAAAAGAGGAACAUCUUGAGUCAAAGUCCAAUAUCUGUGAAACGUUGGAUGAUAACUGUGUAAACGCACUUGAGACCCACGAGGAACAUAAACAGUACGAUAAGUUAUCUGACACCAGAAUACUAAACUGGUUGAGCGAUAUUGAAAAAGAGAUGCAUCAUGGCGCGGGGGAAUAUGGCGUCCGCCUGCCGACAAUAAAUGAAUUUGCAUAUAAUCACGUGACAUCUGAACGUGAAUGA